UCACAUGACUGUGAUUAGAGCCAAGAAGGUGGAGGAAGAGGAGGACGGUAGAAGAGACAGGGGCCAACUGGGAGCUACAUCCAUGAAUCGCUCAGAUUCUAUCCUGGAGUCAACCUUGCUUUGCCACAUCCGCCUCUUUGGGUAUCAGGUAUGAGGCCGCAACAGUGGUGCAUGCUGGGAGUGACGGUACUGCUGCUGCUGUGUGAGAUAGCCGUCAGUCAGCUGUGCAAGUCUCUCAUCACCAUGGUGGACGGCUUCCACACACUUUUCAUCCUCAUGCACAUGGCUCUCCCUCAGACUGAGGACAUCAUAAGACCUCGCAUCUCCUCGCUGGAUUCUUCUCCAUCCUCUCCACGCGACUCCUUCUCUUUAGGGGGAUUUUCUCGUUCUUUACAUUCAGAACCACCGGCUGAGCUUCCAGAUCAAUCUGACGCCAAGCAGCCCGACCACGAUCCAGCUUCAGUGGUUAACUCGCAUCACAAAGGUUUCUCCUCAGUAACUCCGAGCUGCAGUUUGUCCUUCCCCAAAAGCAGGAUCCAUGUCGUGGGUGUUUUCAUUUCCUCCCUCCUCCUGGUGUCUCUGUGUGUCUCCUACUUCUUGGAAAUCAUUGGUUUCAUAGUGAAGCCCCACCCGGUUCAGCACCCCCUGCUGCCAGUGGUGGUCGGAGCUGGGAGUCUGCUCCAUAAGAUGCUCCUGUUUGUUCUGGACUGGGAUGAGAUGCUGGAUAAAAAGGCAGAAAGCUGCAGGCAUGCUGAGACUGAACCUCCCCUUGAAAUAAACCACAAAGUCUGCGCUGAAGAGGAGUCUCGAAGCCAGGAGGAAGAGGAGCUCUCUGUCCGAUCCAAAGGUCAGAUUGCAGCACACAACUGUCUCCACAGUGGGGCGCUUGUCCUCUGCAAUCCAGGAUCUCCCAACCUCCCUGAACAUGGGUGUGAAACUGAGCUACAGCUGCUGGAAAUCGGUGAAGAGAGCAGUGGCGCACAUUUAAAGAGAGAGAGUCCAAGGCGCCACCCCUGCAUCCGACAUCCUGUUUCAGACAUUCAAAACACUUCUGAGCCCUCUUCAGUGAGCAGGUCAUCGUCUGGAUGGGGCUGCCGCUGGUCCCUCUGCCUCCUGUCCUUCGUCUUUGUCAUUCAGGGACUCUUCACUUCCCUCCUGGCUCUGAUCAACAGCCUGGUGACGGUGCUGGUCGUGCCCCAGCUGCUGCACAGCUCUGAAGCCUGCCGCGUCCUGGUUUAUCUGGACCCUGGCCUGUCCCUGCUGGCUGUCGCUAUGCUGAUUGCAACAUCUCUACCGCAGGUGUACAGAUACGGCAUGCUGCUUCUUCAGGCCUCGCCUCCACACAUGCGUGUCUCUGAUGUUGGGAGGAGGAUUGCCAGUGUCCCAGGGGUGCAGGCCGUGCACGACCUCCACAUCUGGCAGUUGACUGAAUCGCUCACAGUGGCCUCCGUCCAUGUGCACUGCCACGCUGGGUUUCCACUAAGCAGGUGUGCUGAUCUGAUGUCAGGUGUCACCAAGGUGCUGCAGAGUGUGGGUGUGAGCUGCUCCACUGUUCAGCCAGAGUUUAUAUCCUCCUCUUCCUCGUUUAGAGGAGAUGGAGCCUCCACCUUCAUCCAGAAGGAGGACCCCUCCUCUCUUCCUCUCCCACCCUGCAGCCUGGCCUGUGCGAAGGCCUGUGCUUCCAAGAUGUGCUGCUCCCUUCUGGAGGAGAAGGAGGAGGAGACCCGUAGCACUCAGAAACCACCAGGAGAAGAAACAAAUGAGGAACCUCCGACUCUGAUCAUCGAGAACACGUUCCUCUAACUCUGUUUUUAACUGAUGUGAAGGUGGAGACAGCAAAACAGUGCCAAAUAAAUCCCUCUAUGAAGUUCAUUAUAUUAACAGAUACUUUCCCAAAGAAUUUUUAUGUUUUUUGUUUCUUGUUUCAGUAUUUGGACUGGAAAAGUUUUAUUUUUCUAAAUGCAUACAUCAAUGUUUAAUAAAUAACAGUAUUUAUUAGUUAAUGUUAAUUUGAUGCAUGUUGCGUGAGACAAACUAAAUAAUUGGAAAGGAUAGGACGGGUCUCCAGAUAAAAUUAACAAUCAUUGAAUUCAUUUUAGUUUCUUUGAACGAACUACAGAAAUGCCUGUGGAAAUUCUCAGUUAUCCGGGUUUUCGCAACAGCAAACAAGCCUCCAUGUCCUUAAAAACGGCAGCGCACCAACUGCAGGUUGCUCAAGUGCAAGUCAUCGAAACUGACAAAGACUCCUGGAUAGAUGUUGAAACGUUUUCAGAAAGAACUGAAAGAAAGUCCGGUUGCCUCCGAUUUAAGCCUGUUUCUGUUAUGUGCAGACAUGUGUUUGAAUAAAAUUAACCCCCCCACC